UAUUAUUAUCGGCGCUGGUGUAUCCGGUGUAGCAAUGGGAUGUAAACUCAAAGCAACAGUCGGAAUUGACGAUUUUGAGAUUUACGAACGCGAACCUGAAGUUGGUGGCACUUGGUACAUAAACAAUUACCCAGGCUGCGCAAACGACAUUCCGAUCAUAGUUUACAGUUUCUCUUUUGCACAGAAAGAUUGGGGAAACUCUCAGUGGGCCCCACAGCCGCGUAUUGAAGGAUAUAUCAGAGACGUUGUGAAGGAUUUCAAUCUUUCUGACCACAUUCAUGUCAAAAGAACGAUGUUGAAUGCUAAUUGGAACAAAGAGAAGGAAUACUGGGUGGUUACUAUCAAGAACAACGAAACUGGAGAGAUUUUCACUAGGACCAGCAACAUCCUCAUCAGUGCCCACGGUGGAUUGGAUGUACCACGUCCAAUCGACACACCAGGCAUUGAGACUUUCAAGGGUGACAUUUUGCGCUCGCAGCGCUAUGACCAGACUGUCGAUCUCACUGGCAAGAACGUUGUUGUCAUCGGAAAUGCAUGCACUGCAACCCAAAUCAUAGGUGAAAUCGCACCAAAAGUUAAAACUCUCACUCAGUUCGCAAGAGGCAAACAAUGGUUUUUGCCAAAACCUGUGGUUCACCUCGGGCAUCCUGUUGUCAGAUGGAUGUUGAAGUACAUUCCAGGUUUGCACACCGCGCUUAGAGGUUUGGUAUUUGGUGUGGUUGACUAUUUCAUGAAAGCUAUGUAUGUUAAGAAUGGUGAAGCUACUCGCAAAAAGCGUAUGGAAACCUCAAAACGCCAUGUUAAGAAUCUUGCCCCUGCUAAGUAUCACGAUGCUCUCAUACCAGAUUUCCAAAUUGGCGCCAAGAGAAGAAUCUUUGACGAGGACUACCUCAAAUCGCUCAAUUAUGACCACGUCGAUUUGAUUGCCGAAAGACCGGCAAGAAUUACUGAAAACAGCGUCGUUAGACAAGAUGGUACUGAAGUACCAGCGGAUGUUAUCAUUUAUGCCAUCGGAUUUGAUACCACAACCAACAAGUUCUUAGAGAACUUCAAUAACAACGGAUUAAACCUCCGUCAGCACUUUGCCAACGUUGGAACGGGUGCUUACCUUGGUGCAGCGGUCGCACCUUUGCCUAACUUCUUCUUAUUGGGUACUGCAAGUCCAAACUGUGCAUCAGGACACAACUCGGUUAUUUUCACAUCAGAAUGUACAGCGAACUUCAUUAUACGCGUAAUAAAGCCUAUUGUUUACGCCAAGAAGGGUACUGUCCAUGUCACCAAAGAAGCGGAGAGAAAGUAUCAAGAGUGGAUUAGAGAGAAGCAUCAGGAGAUGAUCUGGGAGACAGAAAAUGUUGGUUCCUUUUACCUGGAUAACAACACAGGCAAGAAUACUGCGCUGUAUCCGCGCUCGCACACUCAUUAUUGGUGGAGUACUUUGAUACCAAAGGAUAGUGACUUUGUUUAUGAGAAUGUUUCCAAACCAUGGCUUCUUCAGUUCACAUCAAAGAAAGCAAUGUCUGCUUACGGUACAGCACUCGUUGCUGGUACUGCAACUUGGUUUUUAGCAUAAACAGACUUCCAAAAUAACUUCCCAAGGAUAUAAAAUGCAAUUAAUUGAUAACUUUCUUAUAAU